AUGUGGCACCUUCUGCUGCUUGGCCUGGCAUGCGGAUCUGCGCAGCCAAUCAAUGAAGUGGGCCUCAGCCUGGCGAAGGCUGGAGCGGAGUCCCAGGUGCAGGCUCAGGCAGCCGUCGCCCAAAUGACUGGCCAGCUGCUUCUAAAGCAGCAGCAGUAUGAAGCAGCAAAGCUGAAAAUGGAACAGCUCUCGCGACAGGAAGAGUCAUACUCACGUCGCGCUGACAUGAUGGCUAAACGGGAAUCCAGGAUGGAAGAACUAGCAAAGGUCCACGGCGGAGUUCUGGAGAAGGCUUUCCGAGCCAAGGCCAGGACGCAGGAGUUCCAAAAGAAGAUGCUCCAAGGGGAGGAGGAGGUGAAGAAGCUGAACCAGGAAAUCAAGGCCCAGAAGCAGCUGCUCAAGACCACGGAGGAUCAGCUGAUCGCAAUUCGGCACCGGGAAGAAGAUUACAACAACGGUGCGCGCCUUGCUGUCAUGAAGAGCAACAAGCUCGAGCGAGACUUGAAGGAUGCGCGCAAAGAGCUCGCGAGCCAAAAGCAGAACCUCAGCGAUGUGAGUGAGUCGGCGCAGGUGCAGGAGGCACGCUGGGAUUCAGCUCGACGCACGCGGGAGCACCAGGAGGUCGCGAAUCUGGCGGAAGAGCGGCUCGUGGAGUCGAAACAAGGUCAGCUCGGUCUGCUUCGACAAGUCAAUCCUCAGGAAAUGUCGCUCGCGGAGCAAGAGCUAGAACGCACCAAGCUCUUGCUAAAAGAAGCACGUCGCAAGAACAAGGAGGAAGCCAAGGUGGAAGAAGAAGCUCUGCGACAGGAGCAAGAAGCUGCCAAAGCAACUCACGACGCUGCAGAGGUAAAGCUCCACAAGGUGCAGACCCAACUGGAGCAUACCAGAGAGGAGCAGAAAGCCGCAGUGCAAGCUGCUCGAGAUCGUGCUCAGCGUCACAUCGUGGACGAUGAGGAAGAAAGGACGAAGGAGGCAGAGAAGGCCCUGAAACCCUAUCAGCUGAAGCUCCAGGAGGCAGAAGGACGUUUGCAUCAGCAAGAAGUUCAGAACCAGGUGCAAUCACAAGAGAUGACCAAAAAGACAGCAGCAUUGCAAACUGAAGCGAAGCAGAACGCAUCCAACUUGCAGCGCCAAGAGCACGGCAGUCUGAAGGUGAUCGACCACAUGAAAGCGGAUGUUACAGAGCGCCUCCAGGAAGACCAGACCAAGCAGUCCAACAUGCAGCGGGCAAUCGAAGCAAUGAAAGAAAGCCAGCGACAGCAGACUCGCAAGGCCACGCAGCUCGACAGUCAGCUCAGACAAGAGCAGGCAAAACUGGAGGAGGCCUCUCUACGGCUUCAGACUAUGGAGAAGAAGCAAGCACAGGAGCAGCUGGCUUAUGAAACCAGGAUGUACGAAAUGAACGUGCAGAAGGAGGAGAAGGCACAACAGGAAGUGGACCGGCUCCAGCAAGAGUUCCACAAGGUGCACAAUGAUAAGAACGAGAAGGUUACAGCACUGAGUCACAAGCUGCAGGUCAUGCUGAACUGCACGGACUUUGCUCAGGGCUUUGUCCGGUCUGUGACAGCACGUCAUCCAGAGGACGUCGAGAAGCUGCGACAGAAGCUGCUCGACCUGAAGGCUCGAGCAAAGCACGACAUGACCUACCAGGCUGUGAAGGAAGAGUUGCAGAGACUCCGCCUUGAGUUCGCGCGCCAUCAAGGAGGGGGCUUGGCCAACCUGACCCGAAAAGCUGAACCGAUAGGACAAGAAAAGCCAGCAGCUCGCGCAAUGGCACGGAUAUGGUUCCUGGCUUCGCCUUUGUUGUUCCUGCCAGCGAGUGCGAAGCCACAGUGGUCAGCGCAGGUGAUGCAGGCAUGUGGAUUGUCUUCGCCUGAUGCUGAAGUGAUAUCUCUUGAUGGCUCAAUUUCGCUGAAUGCGCCGAAGCUGUGCGGAGCCAACAAUUGGCCGUGCCGCAGUCGCAUCCACGCAGCAGUUGGGGCCCUCAACGACGAUGCUCUCAAGGUGGCCCUGCGUGAGGACUUGUACAGGUGUGCACUGCCCGUGGAUCGAAGUUCGAAGCUGGUUAUGCUGGCCUUCACAGUGCAAGGCUUGGAUCAGCAGAAGUGGUCACAGUGGGGUGACUGGAUGAGAUCUGCCUUCACGGCGAGCAAUGACCUAGAAGGUUUUACUCCGAAGAGUUCCACGUGGUUCCCGGUACAAGCUGGAGUUGAAUUCCUCGUGAGUGGGACCGGCAAUGUCCCCGACACAGCUGCUGCCCAACAGAGCCUUGCAAAGGGACUUCAGGAAUCCGCGCGUCGCUCGAGUUUUGCGGGGCUUUUCACACCUCACAUCUCCAUCUCUGCUAUGAGCAUCUCUGAUGUGCAGAGCUCUUCCUUCUUGAGCAUUGGCAUGUCGAACUUCAUGAUUCUCUUCCGUUUUGGUACCGCCUUCCUGGCCCUCGGUGUGCUUUAUGGCAUCAUUGCUGCUUGUGCGUAUUUCUCUGGUGCGAAGUGGUUGCAGCCGUACGUGCUAUGCUGGCCGGAGGUUUGCGAUGGGAGAGGAUGCAUCUUCUACCGCAUUUUCUGCUGCCCAUGUGUUAUGAUAUACAACGCUAUCCGCAUCUACUGUUGCGCGUGCUGCCACAGCUAUGUCUCCUUCCUGUGUAUGCCUUCCUGUACAAAGGGCUGCUGUUGGGAUGACUUUGAGGAUGCAGACUUUCCCGCGAGCGACCAAAGCCUUGGACAGCUCCAAGGUGACACGGCUGCGGGUGUCUUGCACCAGGGGGGGCAAACUGACUGGCGCAAGGCCUCUGAGAUCGCUGGCAAGGAUAGCCACGAGGCGCGUGGUGCCGAGCUGUUCGAGGGCAGCAUCGAUGCCGCCGACCUGCUGCAGGGCGCUUUGGGCGACUGCUGGCUGAUUGCCGCGCUAGCUUGCGUGGCAGAAAGACCGGAAAUUCUACAGCAAGCAUUCUUGACGCAAUCCUUCGACCCUCGGGGGAAGUACAAGAUCCGCCUUUGGGACCAAGUGCAAUCGCGGAAGGGUACACAGUGGGUCGUCGUCGUCAUCGAUGAGUUGAUUCCCUGCCAUGCUGGCACGCUCAAGCCACGGUUCGCACAAGCAAACAGCAACGAGAUGUGGGCACUUCUUAUGGAGAAAGCCUUUGCAAAGCUGUACGGCGGCUACAACAAGCUCGAAGGUGGCCAAAUGUCUUGGGCUCUGUCCGCGAUCACGGGCAAUCCAGCGGUCCAUUUCAUGAGAGAUCACAGGGCCAGCACUUGGGGGGCCUGGAAUCCGAAUGGCGAUGGGACCUUGAGCAAAGAUGACGAUGAGUUUACUGACGAUGAGUUUUUCAGGUUUCUCCUCCGCCUCAAGCGGAAUGGUGCUUUCCUUUGCUGCGCCGGCAUUGGGCAGGCGAACCGCCAAGGCUUGAUCGACUCUCAUGCGUAUUCGGUGCUCCAGUUGGCUACAGUACAGCCAGACAUGUCCGGGAAUUAUUUCCGCAUGGUGCAGAUCCGGAACCCACACGGCCAGGGAGAGUGGCGGGGAGCGUGGUCAGACAAUGACAGGCUUUGGAGCCAAUACCCCAGUGUGAAGAGGCAGCUCCUGGGCUCCGAUGAGCCCAAGGAUGAUGGAUCAUUCUGGAUGCAGUGGGAGGAUUUCGUCAAUUUCUGGAAGGGGGUUCAAGUCGUGGAUUGCGAAACGAACAUCCGUACGGUGGCAAUCCCUAUUUACGAUGAGGGGACGGUUUGCGGUCCGAUUCUGGCGGCUCUCUGGGGUUGUUUGGAGUAUUGGUUUUGCUGCGUGGGCCUCAAGAGGCUAUACCUCGGGAGAGCCGGCAGCAAGACCGUGGAGGAGAUGAAGAAAGACAUGAACUCACAGUGUGGCUACGACCAGCAAGGCUUCUACUGCCACUAUUGUGAGAAGAAGGCGGUCGCUGAGGAUUCGAUUUCUGAUGAUGAGGAGUCUGGCAUCCUCAGAUGA